AUGUCUUCCAGUUCAGACUCAUCAGCCAGUGGUGAACCACCAAUGACGACAACCUCGUCACUCAAACUUCCUGGCGCCACUUCAUUCGACACUUACCUUUGUGGGGCAUCACUCAGCUCUGCGGGCUUCCCACCUGUAGGCGGACGCACAGUUAAUACUGUCAAGGGCCUUUUGAGGGCAGAGCUUGAUGGCCAUGUCAUUGAUGAGUCUGGCCUUGCCCAGAUGAAGUUUACCGACUCCAUUUUCCGUGCGCUCAUCCCCGUAUCAACCUUCCAAAAUCAUCACGUCAAAAAGAUCAGGUACCACAAGAAGGACGGCGCAUCUGUAUACAUACAAAACAAGUGGAAUUACAGCCGCAGGAAAAAGAGCAAGGGUUCAGGGAGGGACACCACCGAUACAGACAUCGUUGACUCAGAUGAUUUGCGUGCAGAACUUGAGGCCUUGGAUUCUCAUGGUUCAACAAUCUUCUCCCAAGGGACCGACAGCGGGAGUGACAAUGAAUUCAAUGGCAGUGUAAAGGCAGGAUCAAAGAGGAAACAGAAAAAGAGUUCGACCGAGAGGGACUUACAGUACCUGUUCCAUGCUGUUCAGUGGGCCCUGCGUAAUCGAACUGGAUAUGCGAAGAAACUUCCCUAUGAAAUUUCGCCCAUCGAGCGGUACUGGUCUGCCGAGUUUGCCAACUCACCCAUACCAGACCUAUACAACUCGCAGAAGCCCGAUGUCGCCCUGUUCUAUUACAUGAACAAACGUGAGGAAAAGAGAUGGGUUGAUGUCUUGAGCUUCGUGGAACACACCUCCAGCAAUUUUGUUGCAUCUCCUGAUUUAUCAGUGUAUUGUGGAUCUACCACCAAGGUGUACCUCAUCAUGCGAGAACAACCGCCUCAUCAUAUCCCUUCCGACCCCCAUCCAUACACACCCGAUCAGUGUGGUCGCCUGGAAGCUGAUGAUGACAAAGAUUACCUUCAAGCCGUCUAUAAAGAUGAAUGCGAGAUCCUCCACAGCAUCAGCGCCCAGACCGACCAAGUUGCAAAGAUUUUGGAUAGACGUAUCGCACAAUGUCUCUCACAAUCUACCGGAUGCUUCCCCUUGCGUCGCCGCUUUCUCAGUGGGGUUCAGACUACUGAACCCUUCUCCCUCGAGGACUCAGAUGUCACAUCUGAUGAAUCAGAUGAAAUGAGGGGUGGGAACCUGGGUACGUCGGACUUUGCCUUCGACGAGUCAGGCUCAGAAGGCUUAGAUGACUAA